ACAAACCAGAUGUUUCUGGAGAUUACAGAGGUGGGACUAUUGCCGUUGCGAUGAGUGUAACUGCCCCUAUGAAGUCUUCAUACUCAUAUAUUUUUAUAUGUUCAAUCUUGAUUGCAGUGACGGUGACGGCCGGACUCAAGUGUCGAGUGGACAAUGACGAACACACCCAGGAGAGUUUCCAGGACGUGGUGAGGUCCUGCAUGUCUGCAGACUUGAGAGACGAGGAAGUGAGAGACAGCAGGCAACACCCGCCCCGCACUUGGCAACACAGGCAACAGCAGUGGGGACAAGGAAUUCCAAGAUUUCCAACGAAGAAUGACAGAGAUGGAAACAAGAAUCAGAACGAAAGUGAUGAAGAUGAUGAUGACAAUUCUGGAGAGCUGGAUUACAACCGAGGCAACGCUCACAGAGGCUAUCAUCCUCGCAGUCGGCGGUCACAGCCUCCUAGGAGUAUGUUCGGGUCCAGGAACAACCAAACUACUAGACGCAGGAACAGUAACACUUCACCUAUACAGGAUAUAGAACCUUGCAUCAUCCAUUGUAUAUUUCGAGAAAUGAAAAUGUUGGAUAGCAAAAACCAACUAGAAAAGACUUCAGUUGUGAAUGCGAUGACAACGAAAAUGAGAGAUCCCGAAUUGAAGGACUUCAUUCGAGAUGCAAUAUCCGAGUGUUUUGAAAUAUUGGACUCAGAAAGCCACAAUACUAAAUGUACAUUUUCCAAAGGUUUUGCUUUAUGUAUGGAACAAAAAGGGCAACAGCAUUGUGACGAUUGGGAUGAGAAUACGAAAAAGUCAAAACAGAAAAACAAUGUCAUCACGAACAAACAUCGGGGCUGAAGUCUUGACUCGGUUCAGUAGUACAAUAUUGUUAGUGUAAUGUUGAUGUUGAUGUGUAAUGUCAUGUUAUGGCUUCCAAGUUUGUAUCAAUACAGUAUUUGCGUUAAUUGAA